CCCGGAUUCUUUAUUGUACCUGACGUUAACACAAUGGUAGCAGCUCCACAGUCGCACGUCCUUGGAAUUCCACGCUGUAGAUCCAUCUAAUUUAUACAUCAUAGCACACAAAAAUAAUGCAAAAUCGAACAAGGCCAAAAUACAAAAAAUAAUUCAAAAUCGAUUUUGGACGAAAGAGACUUACUUUAGGUUUUAGAAGUCGACUCUGGUUUUUCCUUUAUCUUUUACUUGUAAAUAUUGGAAAUAUAAUAGGGAAAUCAUAUUAAAUAUAAAGAUCACGCGUGUCCAAAUAAAAUAAACAUAUAAUGACCUCGAUAUCGUAAAUUACUCGGACAUGCGUGUCAGGACAUAACUCGACACUGAGUUAAAUUAUGUAUGACUCUUUUGGCCAACUUUUAUUUUUCGACAUCAUUAAAUAUUAACAAUUUUACGACUGAGGUUUAGUUUUCGGUAUUAUUAAUUAUUAACAAUGUUACGGCUGAGUUUUAUUCUUCGGCAUUAUUAAUUAUUAACAAUGUUACGGCUGAGUUAUAUUUUCCGGCAUUAUUUACUUUACACAAGGAAAAAAAAAAGAAAUCAUUUUCGUCCCAACGCGAAAAAAAAGAAAAGCUCUCGACGACAGGCGAUUUCGAAGCGUCUCGAUACGAAGAUGCCUAAUUCGCACAAACCUCAUUUCUUGAAGCCUCUGCUUCCCGAUUUCCACAGUGGCGUGACAAUACCACUUGGCUUCUUCUCACAGCACAUAGAAGGGAAGACAAACCGGAAAACAUGGAAACUAAGAUCGGACGCUACAGAUCAAACUUGGGAAGUGAUACAAGAAGGCAGGAGACUCACCGGAGGUUGGAAAGAUUUCACCACAGCACAUGACCUUCAAAUCGGUGACAUUGUCAUCUUCAAACACGAAGGAGAUAUGGUGUUUCAUGUCACACCAUUUGGUCCUAGCUGUUGUGAGAUUCAGUAUACACAUCCUCACAUCAUCAAGGAAGAAGCCGAUGCGGAUGAUGCUCCUUCUUUCUCAUUUGACUAUUGUUUUCAGGCUGAGGUCACUGCUUCGAAUCUAAAAGAAGACAAACUUGUGAGUCGAUUUUCAGUUAUAGACCAUAUUUAGUUAGUUAUUAACAUAUGGUUUGAUCUGUUCAGUGUCUUUACGUUCUGUGUUUGCAGUAUUUAGUUAGUUAUUAACAUAUGGUUUGAUCUGUU